UUAUAUGAUAGCGUAACAAGAACGAUCGGAUGAGUCAGCCGCACCGGUAACCGGCUUCGUCUCUCCCCAGUUCGUCCUUCUCGCACGUUCACGGUGCCCCUUUUCUACCAUCGUCGUCGUUGCCUUUCAGUCAUACCACCUUCCUUUCGGUUCUUCGUCCUUCUUCAGUUUACUAACCUUUCUUCUUCUCCAGUUUUACGUCGACACAGGUUAUCCGCUAUCUUCGUUCCUCCCGCCGCCGAUAGCAGUACGCUUAUCCUUUUUCAACUCGCUGCUUCCUUUCUCGAUCUUAUUCAAUCCUAAAGUAGCGAUGGGUGCGUUUGUCUUCUGUCCCGCGAGUUUUUCCAUUUACAUUACAGUGUUCUUCCGAGUAGAAACAGGUGAUCGUAAAUUUUAAAAAUUCUGGCCGAUGUGGAAAAUAUUAUGCGCUGUUUUUAGUUCAGAGGUUGGUAGUUGUUAGCGUCGAUUCCGAAAAUUUCCGGCGGUUGGACGAAUUCGGUGCAUCUCGAGUCGAUCGCUGCGCCGAUCCUUUUCCUUGUCCAACCGAGAGCACGAUCAUCUCGCCUUGAGUCGGUCUCGCUCGCUCCUUUAUUUCCCAAUGCUCUAACACUUUCGAGCGAAUCGCAACAGGCGACUUCAUUGCGUGCCGUUCGCUCGUGACCGCUCGAGCAACGAGGUUCCUCCGCCGCGUUCUUCCUUUGUCUCCGUUGUUCUCGAAUUCGGAUAAGACGCGUCCGAACCGUUCACCGAAAAAUGACCAAUCAGUGACUUGACGAUCAUUCUGUAAUCCUACACGGUUGAAUUUUCGGGGAAACUCGGCGUGACAGUGUGCAACAACAGAGUGACACAGACGGAAACGGAACACCGAGGGAAAGCCGAGACAGAAAACAUCGUUUAUUAGCCAUCAAAGAAUCAUUCGAUAGAUCCGUGGCAAAACAAGGGACGGGUUAACGAGAUGUCCGAGUACUGCGAGUACAUGUGGGACCCCACAAGGGGUCACACGAGCGCCGCUCUGGCACGGAGCAUUUACGAGGAGGAGGCCAGGUUCGACAAACGUGACAAGAAACUGGCCAUUAAGACCGUCCGGGCGAUCUUGCGAGAAAUGCCGGAUGUAGACAUGAAGCAGUGCACGGACGAAUAUAUUACGCGUUUCCUGCUGGCCCGGAAGUAUCGGACGGAGCAGGCUGCUGCCCUGAUAGCCGCUUAUCAGGCGCAAGUAGCACAUCGACAGGAUAUCUUCGGCAAUCUAACGGCGAGGGACCCGGCUCUGCAACGGGCGCUGCGCGCUGGUAUACCGGGCGUGCUUCCGGCCCGCGAUAGGAAAGGCAGAUGCGUGUUAGUGAUUUUAGCCUCUCAGUGGGAUCCCGUGUCGAUUCCAGCACUGUCAGUGCAGAGAGCUCUCUUUCUGGUGCUUGAAAUUCUGAUUCAAGAUCCUAGAAAUCAGCAAUCCGGUUUCGUCGCUGUGGUAGAUUGGAGCGGAUUCUCCUUGCGACAGGGCGGUGCCUUGGGCGCAGCGGCACUGCGGAACUUAAUAGCCGCUCUUCGUGGUCGAUUUCCGGCCAGAUUCAAAGCUAUUCACUUCCUGUCGGCGCCGCUCUACGUCCAGGCCACCUUGGCCCUCGUGAAACCCUUCUUGGAUGAAAAAACCAGGAACAAGAUCUAUCUCCAUGGGAACAAUUUGAGUACGCUGCACGAGCACCUUCCUACUGACAUUCUGCCAGCAGAAUUGGGUGGCACGGGGCCAGCAUUCAAUCCGGGACUAUGGGCAGACCCAGUCAUCCAUUCAGCAAUGAAGGACGAUGAUCUGACUACCAUAAAAAAGGAGAAAGAGCAGGCUGAGAAUGGAGAUGGUAGAAUGUGUGAUAAAAAGUUGGUGGAAUCUAGAAAUGAAGAGAACCAUAGGAAGAACGAGGCGAGUAGCAUAGAAUCUAGUAAUGGUGUGAACAGAGAAAAUGGAAGGCGAUUUUUUAAUCCUUUUGGAAGUUCCAUGAAGAAUCAGUCCGUUAAAAAGCCCGGGGCUAACGUAGAAUUGAAUUUAAUUAACCACAGUAACUCAGAAGAGAUGGAAGAAGGUAGAAGGGGAAGUAGAACGAUAAGGAAAGAUGAGGAUCCCUACUGUCAGACUAGAGAUAGAAUGUUAAACAAUGGAAAUAGUGAUUACUUCAGUAAUAAAAAGGAGUUGUACAAUGACGCGCAGGAUAAUCUACUAACGUAUCGACCGGAGACGAAUUCUAAUGACUAUGAGACUUCGAAUAGGAUAGAUAGCGAUGACAGUAAAGAAAAUUCAUUAGAUAAUAGAUCAGAAAAUGCUCUUAUUGAUACUAGGGGCGAGGUACCUUCUGAAGAAACGAAUCUCAUAAUGUAAUCCUGUGGACGCAUUAGUUUCUAAAGUGUGAAUUCAUUGAGUACUUAAGCAGAACUUUUAUACGAUAUAUUAGCUCGAUAUACGAUGACCAGAGUAAUGAAACUUCCCAUAGAUUUUUGAUGAAACGAACAAGAUAAUAUAGCUGUAGAAUUUUUUGAUAGACUUUAAGAAGUACCUUGUGAUAUGGUAAACGUUAUUUUUAAUGUAUUUAAAUAUUCAUGAGGCUUUUAUAUUCCUCUCAUAUAUAAAAUAUUCUCUUAUUGGUAUCGACGUAUUAGAAUACGUAAAGUAAUCAAUUUCUUCAAUUUUAUUGUUUUUAAAAUUGAUUUGAUCAUUAAAGAUUUGUCUACAUACUAGAGUCGUGAAUGUGAAUAAGAAUAUCAUUUUUACAGAUUUGUACUUACAUUUUUUAAAACGAGUUUCCGCGACAAACAAUUUUUAUAAUAGUAUUGUAUAUAUGUAUUAAAUUAUUUAUUCAUCUCAACUGUAUCAUGAAAUUAAGGAUCUCUUAUUAUAUAUAUACAUAUUUUUAAGAUCGAUAGGAAACGUAUCCUCAACGGAAAAUGUAUUUUACUUAUUAAGAAUCUCUCUAUGAAUUGUCUCUCGUUUUGUGACAAUAUCAAGAAAACUUCAAGGAACACAAAAAGUGUUAUGUAUAUUGAUAAAAAGUGUAAAGUAUUAAUUGCAGCGAAAUAUUUUGUUACAUUAUGUUAGUAUAAAGCAGUACUCCUUCCAUGCGCCCUUUCGUCGAAGCGGGCAGCAGCGAUACGAUAAUAAAUUUCUCCAUCAUUCCUGUCGUGUUGCGCGGCGGUAGGUACACGAUUUUCCUCCGGUGUACAGAGCAGUGGUAUAAGACACGCAUUAUUAUACGUGGAACUAACUAAAUUCUACGUCGAGAAUUACACUUUUAUUAAAAUGAAAAUCAUGAUAGAAUAAUGGAAUAAAAAUUUAUUAUUUUAAUACAUAAAAUAUAUAUGUAUAUGAUUUUAACAGCAAUACACAUUAUAAACAUAGAA